GGAAGUGGGAGUGAAAGCUAGCAGGUAGACCACGAGCACGGAGGGAACUUGAGAACAACCGUGGUGACAACACAGUUAGCAGAAGCACAAUUCGGUUGAGCAGUCCCGUCUGUCUGACGAGGAAAGCAAACUCACAGCCACAAGGACGGAAUUCAAAUAACGCCUCAACGUGAGAAAGGACAGAAGAAGUGCUCUCAAUCACUGAACGCUGCGUACUCAAGGACGACUUCCUAUACGGAGGCGAAGUCCAGAAUCUUGUACCGCGGCGAUGUGUGGUAUUCGCGCAGUAACGCUGCUGCUUACCUUGGUGGGAGCGGUGGCACUGGUGGCGGCGGCUCCUGGAACCUGUCGCGUCCUGCUGAUCUUCCAGAUGGGCGCGCGCAGCCACUGGACCCUAGGGAGGGCGCUGGCGGCGGGUCUAGCUGCCCGCGGCCAUCACGUCACAGCCGUCACGCCCUUCUCGGAGCAAGGCUCCUCGGACAAUUGGACACACGUGCCGGUACCCAACACUAUGCAUCUCUUUGGAGAUACCAACAUGUUCUCACUCGGUGAACGUGGCGCAUUUGGACUGAUCAUGACUCUCUUCCGUUUCGGAGUGAGUUCGUGUGAAAUUUUCCUCCAGACAGAGAGCGUCCGGCGACUGUUCCUCGCCGGGCACAAGUUCGACGUCAUGAUCAUCGAAGAGUUCUUCAGCGAGUGCUUCCUGCCGCUGGCUCACAGGCUGCGGAUCCCCGUCAUCGGUGUGGCGACAAUAUCGCCGACCUCUUGGAUGGCGGAUAUCGUCGGCAGCCCCAGUCCGUACGCUUACGUUCCGGACACAUUCCUCUGGUACACGGACAGGAUGCCCUUCUUGCAGCGACUCCACAACGCGGCGUUUGCGACUCUGUCUAAAGUCGCUCGCGAGAUGUAUUACAAGCCGAGAUUGGAAGCCGUUUUGCGGCAGUACCUGAACAGCACGGCGCUGCCAAGCGUGUCGGACAUGGAGAAGAACACCUCCGUCCUACUUUCAAACACUCAUGUGAGCAUGUUUUUCCCGCGUCCCCUGUCGCCUAACUACAUUGAAAUCGGAGGGGUGCACAUAAGGCCCCCGCAAAAGCUUCCACAGUAUUUUCAGAAGCUCCUGGAUGAUGCCAAGAAUGGAGUAAUACUUUUCAGCCUUGGAUCUAAUCUUCGCAGCUCUGACAUGCCUGAAGCUAAAACAAAAGCAUUUUUCGAGACAUUUUCUAAAAUGAAACAAAUUAUUCUCUGGAAGUGGGAAACAGAUGAACUGGAAGGAAAACCAGAAAAUGUAAAAACUGAAAAAUGGCUGCCGCAGUCAGAUAUAAUGGCUCACGAUAACGUGCGGCUGUUCAUCACGCACGGCGGCUUGUUGAGCAUGACAGAGGCCGUGCACCACGGGGUACCGCUGGUGGUGGUGCCGUUCUUUGGAGACCAGCACUUCAACGCCAGGCAAGCCGAGCGCCUCGGCUACGCCGUCAGGCUUGACUUCAGUAACAUCACAGCGGAUUCACUCACCUGGGCACUUACAGAAGUGCUUAACAGCCCUAGCUACCGUAUGAGGGCCCGUGAGGUGUCUCGCAUCUUCCACGAUCGUCCUCGCGCGCCGCUGGAAGAGGCCGUUUGGUGGACGGAGUACGUUGUCAGGCACCGCGGUGCGACCGCCCUGCGCUCUGCCGGCCAGGACCUCUGCUGGUACCAGAUAAUGCUGCUAGAUGUCGUCGCUGCUGCGCUGGCCGCGCUCUGCCUACCGUCGUUGGCAAUCUGGGCUGGUUUCAAAGCAUUGUCCGCAAAACGUGUAGCUUGUAUGGUCGGCCUUGAACCCAAAUGCUUAAGCAGCCUGAACGUAAAUUGCCGACACAGUCCUAAUUCCGUAAAUGUAGUUCAAGAAAUAUGAGGACCUCCGUCGGAAACUUCGUCACCCUUGUCAUGGGAUUAAGAUAUGUUGAGAUAUCCAACCUUAUCCACAAUAUAUAUGUGGAAGAAACUCUUUGCCUAUAGUAAAUGAAGUUAUUGUUAGCAAUGUACUGCAAUAGAAAGCAACUGUUGGAUGCUGAGGCAGCCUUCCUUAAGGUCUAAAAACAUUUUAAAAUGAUUCUGACGACAGCGAGAAUUUAUUUAACUUUUUUCGCAUGUUCGUGUAGAUUGUUCAUUGUUCUAAGUUUUUAGGAUGCUCUGCAUGAUGGAAACUUUUGACAGCCAGGACUCUGGUUAGCAAUAUUUGACAAAGAAUGAGCACAGAUAUUUUGGCAGUUAACUUGUUCCUGAACCACAAAACACAUUGAUGAUAAUCUUACGAAAUUAUGUGUGUCAUUGAAGAAAUAUUUAGUCAAGAAUUUCAAAUCUGAAGAUCAACUUCCAAUGCCAACAGUGUCUGGGGUACCUCUUUGCCUAAGUUCCGAUCUAAAAUUUAAAUAUCUUUGAGAAAUAAUUGACUCAGGUCAGAUAGAUAAAGGAGAUGAAGAUCGUGUGAUGAAUUUUGUAAUGUAAAGGAUAUUUAGAAGCAAGGGAUAUCCGUGGAAGGCAAUGCAAACAGAAAGUUUUAUGUUCUCUGUAUCCUGAGAGCCAAAACCGUUCAGGUUGUUAAUUUGAUGACUGUAGUUAGGUUUGUAUUAAACAUUCCUGUUUCAAAUUAUGAGUCAGACCUUUUUCUUCCCUAAUGAAUGCAAAUGGUCAGAAGUGUGCAACAGAUGUAGCAGCGGGUUUGCAGAAGCAGAAUUGUAAGUAGCAGUGAAUUUUAACUGUACAGAAUUCUUUAUAUACUUAUAUACCUUUCUAGUCGAAGCAAUAUUUGCAAAAAGAAGGAAAAUCUGUAAAAAAAUAUAGGCAAUAAUGUAAAAUAAAAUAUGCAUGUACACUUUAAA